AUGGCCGACAAGGUAAACCAAUCGCCUCAGAAUUCUCGCUCGAUUCGCACCGAUUUUGGUGUUUGUUUCCAUGUCCGUGUGUAUGGCCCGGGGGUUUUAACGGGGUUCAUCGCCGCUCGUCGUGGCGCAGAAGGUGGUGUUGAAGCUGGACCUGCACGACAACAAGGACAAGCAGAAGGUAUCGGCUCCAUCUCCGUGGACAUGAAGGAUUCCAAGCUGACGGUGAUCGGGCUGGUCGACCCCGUCGACGUCGUGGGCAAGCUGCGCAAGGUCGGCUCCGCCGCCAUCGUCUCCGUCGGGCCAGCCAAGGAGGAGAAGAAGGACGACAAGAAGGGCGACAAGAAGGAGGACGACAAGAAGCAGGAGCAGGUCGUGUGGUACGGCCCGCCGCACCCGUGGUACGCCGCCGCGCAGCAGUCCCACUACCCCCACCCGUACCCGCCCCAGUACGUCGUCCACAGCGCCGAGGAGGACCCCAACUCCUGCGUCAUCUGCUGA